GAACGUGACGCUCAUCCGCAGACAGACAGGGCACCGCUCCUCCCAACGGUAGCCUAUACAAAACUUCCCUGCGUGUAGUGGAUUAUCAUCACAAACGUCUGCGUUUCUUAGAGUUCGCUUUCAAGUUGUGUACAGUAGCCUAAUAGACCAUUGUUCAUUCUUGUAAACAGAAAUGUGAAGUUGUUUACUAGUGGCACGUGGCGAUUUUAGAGAACCUGUCAAACAUGAUUUUACGGCGACCCUUCGCGCGCACCGCGCUGUGGACGCUGCUCUUCACCUGUGUAUUCCUCAAGACUGCAAUAGCCCAGACAAAUGUAGCAGCAACCACAACUGCACUCCAGACACCUUCCUCUUCAGGCGACGGUAAUCCGGUAUCAACCACGCUGAACAUAGUGACUACAGUCUCCAACACCCAGGAAGCCUCUACUACAGAUACACUGGGAGCUGUCAGCACUGAUUUGGCGUCUGGAACUGAAGGUGGCCCUAGUACAAACUCGAACACAGCAGUGACCGCUGAUUCAGCGUCCCAGGCAGACUCCUCUACAUCACAAGGCAGCAGGACGACCCGUUCAACAUCACAGGACAACCCCACCUCUGGUGACGCCAGUUCAGAACUAAAUACAUCAAAUACAGUAGUGACCCCUGCUUCAGCGUCCCAGGCAGACUCUUUUACAUCAGCAAAAGGGGGCAGGAUGGCCAGUUCAACAUCACUGGACAACCCCACUUCCGGUGAUGCCAGUCCAGAACUAACUGCAUCAAAUACAGCAGUGACCGCUGAUUCAGCGUCCCAGGCAGACUCCUCUACAUAUGUUUGA